GUCCAUGUCAACAUUCAUUUCGGAAAAUCGUGCCACUGUUUCCCUGUUUCUUGGAUCUUCUGGCCUUUGGCGAUGUUACUGGCAUCUUUAACUUUAAAAGCACUUCUACUUGCUUUCACAGAGAACCUCACUUCAAACUAUAACCUUCUUUACUCGUAACAAAGAUCUUUAAAUCUUAAGGGACUGAAUGAAAUCGCAGUAAGUACGGUAAAUCUUUAUGGUAAUUUUCCGCCAUGGUAUAUUUCAUUAGAUCUAAAUUUUCACUGCAGUGUAGGCAUUCUAGUAAGGCAUUUUUCGAGUUCGGCUGGUUCUUUCAUUUUCCGUUUAGACGGUCGAAUUGAGUGUCUUGAAUCGCAUUUUAAGCAGUGCGGUAAAUCUGUGUUUAUAAUAUUCAAGCACCGAGCCGGUAUUGUCCGACGUUCACAAACACUAUUAUUAUUGGAAAAUCUUUCGCCAACGGUAAAUUUACAGGCAUUAGACAAUUCAGCCUUGUAAGGACUAUGUAGCUGAAUCAAAAUUCGCUCCCCAUAUACUCACACGAAAACUUUAACUUAAUCUCCUCAACUUCUGACUUGGCAUCGCUUCAUCGGUGAUAUAAAUUAUGUAUGAACAUUAUUUGUAAUUUUAGCUGUGUUAUCACAAGAUCUCAAUAAUCUGCUUAUUUUUUUCCCAAAGCAAGACGGGACUAGAAGUAAAUUGAUAUACGUUUGUGACCGGUGACGCACGAAACUUCAGUUUUACAAUGUUAAAUGAAUUCAUGAGAUAUAUAUGUUAUUUGCCGGCUGGGAGGUCCGUAUGGUGAAAAACUGUGACCGAGGUCUUGAAAAUACUGUCCGAGGCCGUAGGCCGAGGGCAGCAUUUUCAAGACCGAGGUCACAGUUUUUCACCAUACGGACCGACCCUUAGCCGGUAAAUAACAUAUUUAUUGUUUUUAAACUUGACGAAAUUCUUUCCGAAAGAACGCGAAUAAUUUAUGGCCGUAAAUACGGCAAGAUCUUCCAUAAACUGAACAAUUUUUGAGUGAGUAAAUGGUAGUUGAAAUAGAGGUGAUGCAAAUUUAAGAGAGAUGCCUCAGCGAACAUUUUCAUUUUCGUAACGAUAAAGGUGAUUUAAAAGGCUUCCAAACAAACUUUGAAACAUUAUUUUUACAAGUAUCUGUCACAAUCUGACACCUGUCAAUUAGAGAGCGCGCAAGAAAAAAAAAGCGUAGGAACAUUUGAAAACCAACAGAACUAGUUUGGCAAGGACUGUCACGACAAUAUUUUCUUCAAAAUCAGUCAAUGAUCUAACGGAAAGUAUUAUUCACUCUCAUCGACCAUUCAUUCAUGUACGAAGAUUUACCUCUGUUCAUUAAGUAAACGGCGAGGAAAGUAAUUGUGAGUAAAUUCAAUUUUUUUAUUUUGAAGUUGUGAGAGUUUGCUCGUUUGUUUGCUGAAAUGGCGUGUUUAACUCUGGUCUUUCCUUCACAAAAACUAAAUUCGAACGGCACACUCCAACGAGACACAAGGGAAUUUAAUGCGGCCUUUUCUCAAAAAACAUCCUUCAAAUUCUGUUGUGCAAUUUACGGUACAAAUGUCCAAAUUGAACGGAAUUGGAAAGACUCUCCGGGAGCGUAUAUUUGUUGUAGAACUUAAAUUAAAACUUCGCUCGCUAUUUCACUAUGAACAAAUUGCUCGAGAAAAUUCAGAUAUUAAAUGAAUGAAAGUUCCAUCGUUCAGUUUAACUGUAACCAAAUACCUCACGUUUCAACUUUCUGGGUACUUUUUGUGAACGAUUAAAAUUAAUUGCAGACGGUUUUUAGGCCGCUUGUCAACCAACGUAAUGACAAUAUUGUUUAUACAAAUUCAUUCUGAAACCAAUAUUUUUUUGGCAACCAAAGUGAUUUGAUAGAGAGAAAAGAGAGGAUUCAUAAGUUAUUUAUCGGCUUGAGGUAGUGACCGACGUGUUUGCUUAAAAAUACUGCCCAGCCGGAAAACGAGGUAUAUUUAUGAAAAAUGACAACGAAAGUUGGGAUGUACUCGGCGACUCACGAAAGCGUUACCGUAGCCCGUGGGCAGAGAUAGGAAAAUACUGACCGGGUAAAGAACCAAUCAGAUUGCAAGAUUCGUUACCGUGCCCUCUAAAAAAACAAUAAAAACAUAUAUAACCCAACAUAACAACAACAAAAUACACUUAAAUUAAUGAACGUAACUAGUCGGUUCACGGUUUGGUCCACUAAAGAUUCUUUCGGCAAACGAAGGUUUGUAGCUUUUCACAACUGGCAUAUAUCUUGUUUUUAGAUAUAUUUAUAUAUAUAUAGCACUAACAACGUGGUGCUUGGAAAUUUGCUGUGUGUAUUCCACCUAUCAUUCGAAUACCGGUUGUCAAUAUCGAAAUUUAAAUCAGUCAAUUGUACUUGCUUCUUAUUUAGAUCUGUGUAUAGCGAAAUUUUCACCGAAACUUUCUCGCUUAGACUUUUAGGUCUCGCCUAAGGUAUCACGAUGUACUUACGAAGAGAUUAAUAGUUGCCUUGUUUACGAGUCAAUCUCGUUCCCAUGGCGAGAGAGACCUUGGGAGCUAGUCAACUGUUAUAUGCAAAUUUUCGAUCAUACCCCACCCUUGCCCAAAUAACAUUAUAAGGAUUCCCUCAAUUUGAAGGAAAUUUAGCUUGUUAAAGAAAAAAGACCCAAGAUACCUCAACUUAGUUCCAGUAAUCGGUGUUGUCGUAACGUUGUUCCAAUCGUGGAUUGAUGGUGAGUUUUUUUUUUUUUUUCUACAGUUGCAGGAAAUCACAAAUGUCAAAUAUCAAGUCUUUCUGUGCCUUCUUAGUUUGUGCUGUCAUGACAUUUUUGUUUGUUUCAAAUAUUAUGACUGGAGGACUGGAUGAUGAAACACGGCUUUUGCUUCAUCAGAUUAUCCAGGGCAAUAUUACAAAAAGUAAAAAUAGAUCUUUCAGCGAGGAAAAGUCCCUGCGCCUCAUUUCUCAUAAUUUAUGGUGUGACUUUUUGAAGCCUCAUGUGAUGUGGGACGUCUCCGAAAGGAUUGAAGGUCUUGCAGAAGGCGUUAAAGAUUUUGACGUUGCACUCAUUCAGGAGGCUUACAUCUUGAAUACAGGAGUGGCUGUUGUCUCAAAAUGUGCAUCACUUCUGGUUAAAGCAAUGGAAAAGCGUGGAUUUCAUUACAGGACAUCAAUUGCAGAUUUUUCAGCGCCUUAUUUCGGACAAAGUGGUGGUAUUGUCAUAUUUAGUCGGAUCCAGCUCAUAAACACAUUUUCAACUCGUUACCGUCACUAUUCGGUUCCCCAAGUGGCAGACUUUAGGGGAUUUGUCAUAGGCGAGUUUUUAUUCCAACAUCAGCAUCUCUAUGUCAUCAAUACCCACUUAGAUCCGCAUGGAGUUGAUGCCAGAGUCCUACAAGCGAAGGAAAUCGCCGAGGCCGUCCAAAACUUCAGUACAGGCUCACACAUCGUUGUGGCUGGAGACUUCAAUAUUGACAAUCAUCAUGCCACUACUAGUAACAGUAGUGAGGAGUAUAAAAAGCUCCUAGAAACCAUGCGCGUGGUUGGCCUACAGUCUGUAUUUCAAGUUAGAAUGGAAACUAGCAUCGAACAUGGAAACUUUGAUGCAAUUUUCACCAGCUCCAAUGUCGCAGUAGUGAAGAAAGAAAUUAUAAAACUUAGGACGAAAAGAAACUCGUCGGUUUCUGAUCAUUUUGGACUUGCGGUGGAAUUAAAACUUUUAUAA